AUGACAGAAAUGUCUAAAGUGGAUUAUUUCUUGAAGACACUUAACACAGAAGCGAAACAUAAGAGGAAUAAGAGCGAUGGAGUCAAGUUCGUACUCUCUGGAUUAGACUUUUGUGAUAAAUAUGUUGGCAAGUCUAGGAAAUAAAAUGGCUAAAAGAAUCAAUAGGAAAACCUUUAUGCUUCAAACUAGAAUAAAGCUUAAAUAAUGGGCUAUUUUCAAAGGUAAAGAACCAAGAAGGAAGUCCAGAUAAUUUAAAUAAAACAAUCCCUGGAAUAAUUUCACAAAGAAUGGAUACACCACUCCGAGAAAAUAAGCAAAACAACCCUAGCGACAUAUUUCACAAUAAAAGCUUGCAGAUAGUUUCAAAAAGCCGCCCAGCAUCUAUCCAGCUUGCUAAAAGGCUUCAUAGCUCACUCUCAAAACCCCAGUCAAGCCCGAGCUCCUUCCUUCGCACAAGUUUCACUCAAAAGCCGGUGACCAAGCUGUUCACAAAUUCUCACUGCCAAAAUUCAAGACCUGGAGGGAAGAUUUAUAGAAGAAAAGCUAAUGGUUUGAGAAGAAGAACAGGUGGGAAAGCUGGAUUUCGUAUCAGGGUGAGCCCUGGGAGGAAUUUUGAUGAUUUUGAAGUAUCUGGAAUGAAAAUUGGAGGGGAUAGGUAUGUCGAAGAGAGGGAUUAUGGGAGGAAGAAAGUGAAUCGAGGUGAAAAUGGUGAUAUGAUUUUGGGUGCAAUUGAAAAUCAAGUGAGAAAGCAAUUAGAUAGGAAAAAUAGAAGUAUUGUUAUAGAAAAAAAAUACAAAAAGCUUUCACAAACCAUACCUAAAGAUAAAAUCCAUCUUCUUCCAUUUGAACUCUCCCACAAUGAUAAUUUUUCUGAAGAAAAGAAGGUCAUCCCCAUUCGUUCCAAGAAAAUAACCGGAUUCUUCGGCUCCCAGAGAUUUUUCCAAGCUGCAAAAAAUGGCUAUCACAUUAAAGUCUCAGACAACAAUUAUAACAGCCUAAAGAAUGCGAUUCAGGAUUCCCAGAUUCUCAAAACUCUUCAGAACAGGCAGCUAAAUCCUGAGACCAUAUUCUUUGACUAGUUUCAAUAAA